AUGUUCUCUGUAGCUCUGCUGCUGCUGCUGGCUGCUGGAUCAUGUGUGAAGUGUGCUGAUAGUCAGACAUUAACAGAGUCUGAAUCAGUGGUUAAAAGACCUGGAGAGUCCCAUAAACUGACUUGUACAGCCUCUGGAUUAGAUUUCAGCAACUAUUGGAUGGCCUGGGUCAGACAGGCUCCUGGAAAAGGACUGGAGUGGAUUGCAACUGAGGGUCUCAGUAGUGGCAAAUUCUACUCUCAGUCAGUUCAAGGCCGGUUCACCAUCUCCAGAGACAAUACCAGACAGCAGCUGUAUCUGCAGAUGAACAGUCUGAGGACUGAAGACUCUGCUGUUUAUUACUGUGCUCGUGACUGUGACAACGCUUUUGACUACUGGGGGAAAGGCACAACGGUUACAGUCACUUCAGCAACUCCCACAAAACCGACGGUCUUUCCUUUGAUGCCAUGUGGCUCUGGAGGAGGACAGAAAGUCACCCUCGGCUGUCUUGCCACCGAUUUCACGCCGUCCUCAGUGACCUUCUCAUGGAACCAGGCCGGCACGUCUUUGACAGACUUCAUCCAGUACCCUUCAGUACAGAAAAACAGCGCUUAUAUUGGAAUAAGUCAAGUCCAAGUGAGCAGACAGGACUGGGACGCAAGAAAACCUUUCCAAUGUGUUGCAACUCAUGCUGCAGGGAACGUCCAAGGGACUGUUGUACAGCCAAACGUGGUUUAUAAGUUACCAACUCUUACAACGGGUUCCUUCAUUGAUCAUGACAAAGAUGAGGCUUCCUUCUUCUGCUUUGCCAAAGAUUUUUCACCCAAAAAAUAUGAGAUCAGUUGGAGGAAAGACGGCAGCGAAGUCUCCAGCAAAAUAGACGAGAUCAGUUCAUUGUCUGGGGAAAGAAAGGACACAAACGGAACGAUGCUGUACAGUGCAGCAAGUUUGCUCAUAGUGAAACCCAGUGAGUUGAGUGAAGGUGUGACAUUUACAUGCGUGUUUGAGGGGAAAUGGGGAAAAACUGGUUCAGAAAGGACAGCAAAUGAGACCUACAAGGAUUCAAGCAGUCGCGGCCCCGGUGAUGCAGGAUGUCCUAAAGCAGAUGUGGAUGUAAACAUCAUCGCCCCCAAAGCUGAAGACUUAUUUGUAAAACAAAAGGGACAGCUUACAUGUCAAAUCAAGGUCAAAAAGGGAACUGUGGAAAAGAUUUGGUGGGAGGAUGAACGUGAUGUACUGGCCGGUACCUCAAAGGAUGUAACAACAACAACAAAAAGCUUUGAGCACGUUCUUGACAUCACAUAUGAUGAAUGGCACGAGGGAGUUACGCGCUUCUGCGUUGUUGAACACAAGGACUGGAUUGACCCGCUGAAGACCCGCUAUCAGAGAAGUAACGGAGGAGCUGCUCAGCGUCCUUCAGUGUUUAUGUUGCCUCCAGUAGAACACACUAGAAAAGACGUGGUGACCCUGACUUGCUACGUGAAAGACUUCUUCCCUCAGAACAUUUUCGUGUCUUGGUUUGUUGAUGACGAGGAAGCAGACUCCAAAUACAAGUUCAGUACCACAAACGCUGUAGAAAACACCGGAUCUUACUCCGCUUACAGCCAGUUAACCCUCAGCCUGGAUCAGUGGAGACAGACUGAUGUGGUGUACAGCUGUGUUGUUUACCACGAAUCCAUCGCUAACUCAACUAAAUCCAUCGUCAGAUCCAUUGGAUACAGAACAUCUGAUAAAACCAACCUGGUCAACCUGGACAUAAGCAUCCCUGACAAGUGCAAGGCGUAGUAGAUGUCGUUGUGUGUCGCUGUGUCCUCUUUUCUUUUUUUGGUUCAGUGUCUGUUGCUU